CCUGAGUGCAGCAAGUUGUAACGGGCACCGCUGAGCUUGUUUCCCUUUGGGGCACUUCUUAUCUAGAAGCUGAGUUUAGUUUCUUCCAAACUGGGCCACUUUGCUCCCCUACCCUGUCCUGAGUAAGGAAGUAGCCGCCAAGCAUCAGCGGAGCCCCGAUGAGCCGGGGCCGCGGAGCCGCUUAGCAGUCUCCCGGGACCCAGCUCCGGAGGAGCGGCAAGCAUGCACCCUGGGUUGUGGCUGCUCCUGGUUACGUUGUGCCUGACCGAGGAACUGGCAGGAGCGGGAGAGAAGACGCCUUAUGGAAAGCUAUGCGGGGGCCAAGACUGCAGUGGGGGCUGUAAGUGCUUUCCUGAGAAAGGAACGAGAGGGCGACCUGGACCAAUUGGGAUUCAAGGUCCAAUGGGUCCUCAAGGAUUUGCUGGCCCUACUGGUCUAUCAGGCUUGAAAGGAGAAAGGGGCUCCCCAGGCCCACUGGGACCUUAUGGACCCAAAGGAGAUAAGGGUCCAAUGGGAGUUCCUGGCUUUCUUGGCAUCAAUGGGAUUCCGGGCCACCCUGGACAGCCAGGCCCCAGAGGACUGCCUGGCCUGGAUGGCUGCAAUGGAACUCAAGGAGCUGUUGGAUUUCCAGGCCCUGAUGGCUAUCCUGGGCUUCUUGGACCACCCGGGCUUCCUGGUCAAAAAGGUUCAAAAGGUGACUCUGUCCUCGAUCAAGAUAGUUUCAGAGGAAGGAAGGGGGAUCCUGGGCUCCCUGGACUGGAUGGAAUCACUGGCCCAAAAGGAGCACCUGGAUCUCCUGGAGCUGAAGGACCCGUAGGACCACCAGGAUUGCAAGGUCCUCCAGGCCCUCCUGGUCUUCCUGGUCCUGAUGGAAAUAUGGGGUUAGGUUUCCAAGGAGAAAAAGGAGCCAAGGGGGAUGUUGGCCUUCCUGGCCCAGCAGGACCUCCACCAUCUACUGGGGAACUGGAAUUCAUGGGGUUUCCCAAAGGGAAGAAAGGAUCCAAGGGAGAACCAGGGCCUAAGGGGUUCCCAGGCAUAAGUGGCCUACCAGGCUUCCCGGGAUUUGGAACUACUGGAGAAAAGGGAGAAAAAGGAAUCCUUGGUUUGCCAGGACCUAGGGGUCCCAUAGGUUCUGAAGGAGUCCAAGGCCCUCCAGGGAGACAGGGCAAGAAGGGGUCCCCAGGUUUCCCUGGGCUUAAUGGAAUUCCAGGAAUUAAGGGUGAAAAGGGUGGCAUUGGCCUGCCAGGCCCAGACAUUUUCAUCGAUAUAGAUGGUGCUGUGAUCUCAGGUUAUCCUGGAGACCCCGGUGCACCAGGCCUCCCAGGCCUUAAAGGAGAUGAAGGCAUCCAGGGCCUGCGUGGCCCUACUGGUGUCCCUGGCUUGCCAUCAUUACCAGGUGUCCCAGGUGCCUUAGGGCCACAAGGAUUUCCAGGCCUGAAGGGGGACCGAGGAAACCCAGGCCGCACCACAAUUGGCACAGCUGGCGUCCCUGGCAGAGAUGGUUUGCCAGGCCCGCUAGGCCCACCAGGCCCACCCGGCCCACCUGGUCCAGCAUUUGACACUGGAACCCUGCACAAAAAAGAGCCAGGGUUCCCUGGUCUCCGAGGAGAACGAGGGCCAAAAGGAAACCCAGGCCUCAAAGGAGUAAAAGGGGACUCAGGGUUUUGUGCUUGUGAUGGUGGAGUUCCCAACACUGGACCACCGGGGGAACCAGGCCUGCCUGGGCCACAAGGUCUCAUAGGCCUUCCAGGCCUUAAAGGAACCAGAGGAGACCCAGGCUCUGGGGGCACACAGGGCCCAGCAGGGGAUCCAGGUUUAUUUGGGCUUCCAGGUCUUGUAGGCUCAAAAGGACAGAAGGGGGAGCCAUCUCUCAGCACAAGACCUGGAAUGCCAGGGGACCAGGGUGAUCGUGGCCCCCAGGGGUUCCCUGGUGAGACAGGAGCCCCAGGCAAGGAUGGAGUACCAGGUUUGCCAGGUCUGCCAGGCCUUUCGGGUGACGGUGGACAGGGCUUCCCAGGUGAAAAGGGGUUACCAGGACUUCCUGGUGUAAAAGGCCAUCCCGGUCCAAUUGGCGUCCCAGGAAUUGGGCUGCCAGGACCUCCUGGACCUCCUGGGCUUCCUGGAGAGAAAGGAGUAGAUGGAUUACCAGGGCAACAAGGCUCCGCUGGACCUCGUGGAGUCACUUUGCCUUGUAUUGUUCCCGGGUCAUAUGGUCCAUCAGGAUUCCCAGGAGCUCCUGGAUUCCCAGGCCCUAAAGGGGUCCGUGGCCUCCCUGGGACUCCAGGCCAGGUGGGAUCACACGGAAAUAAAGGAAAGCCAGGGAGCCCAGGAGUAGUUCACCUUCCUGAAUUGCCAGGAUUUCCUGGACCUCGUGGGGAGAAGGGCUUGCCUGGGUUUCCUGGGCUCCCUGGAAAAGAUGGCUUACCUGGGAAGGUUGGCAGUCCAGGUUUACCAGGUUCCAAGGGAGCCCCUGGUGACAUCUUUGGUGCUGAAAAUGGUGCUCCGGGGGAGCAAGGCCUACAGGGAUUGCCAGGGGACAGAGGAUUUCCUGGAGACUCUGGCCUUCUAGGACCUAAGGGUAUACCUGGGAAGUAUGGCUUGCUAGGCCCCAAAGGCAAACGGGGCAGCCCUGGAACACCAGGACACGUGGGACAGCCAGGGCCCCCAGGGUCUGGUGGUCUCUAUGGCACCAAGGGCAAACCCGGACCCCCAGGAGCACCAGGCUUUCCAGGCAUUUCAGGAAAUCCUGGAAAGAAAGGUACAGGAGGCGAGAUAGGUCCCCCUGGAUCAACUGGAAAGAGAGGUUUGCCCGGGUUGAAAGGCCUUCCUGGAUCUCCAGGGCUGACUGGCUUGCUGGGAAAUGCAGGCUUGCCAGGGAGCACUGGGUUGCCAGGCCUCCCAGGGCCGAAGGGUGAGAAAGGCUCCAUUGGAUUGACGGGCUUUCCAGGGAUACCAGGUCUCCCUGGUAUUCCUGGAGCAAGUGGAUUAAAAGGAAUUCCAGGGUCAGCUGGAAAAGUAGGACCAUCUGGACAGGAUGGUCGUCCUGGUGAAAAGGGAGACAGAGGCGAACCAGGGCUAGUUGGAAUGCCCAGUCUAAGACUUCCAGUGCUGAACCUUUGGCUCAAAGGAGACAAAGGUUCUCAGGGCUCAGCUGGAUCAGAUGGAUAUCCUGGACCCAGAGGUGACAAAGGACAGGCUGGCCGCCCUGGGCUACCAGGCCUGCCUGGAGCUCCUGGAUUCCCCAGCACCAUCAAGGGACUUACUGGGAGGCCAGGCCUUCCUGGCUCCACAGGACUACGGGGCUUACCUGGCCUGAAGGGGUCCCCGGGGAUCACAGGUUUCCCAGGAAUGCCAGGAGAAGGGGGUUCACAGGGUCUCAGCGGACCUUCAGGAUUCCCAGGAGCUUCUGGGCUCCCAGGCUUAAAAGGAGAUCAAGGCCAAGUGCUUGAAAUUUCUGGUAGCCCAGGACCCAAAGGACAACAUGGAAAUUCUGGAUUUAAAGGUGCAAAAGGAAAAGAUGGACUAGCUGGUGAUGUGGGUUUCCCAGGAAACAAAGGCCAAGACGGGAAAGUUGGUAUUUCUGGAGAUGUUGGCCUCCCUGGCUCCCCAGGACUUCCUGGGAUUGCAGGUGUGAGAGGAGAACCAGGACUUCUGGGUUCCUCUGGUCAUCCAGGGGAAACUGGGCCCCUAGGACUACUUGGCUUAAUAGGACCCAAAGGCUUCCCUGGAUUUCCUGGUUUACAUGGACUCAAUGGGCUUCCAGGCACUAAGGGCACCCAUGGCACUCCAGGACCCAGUAUUACCGGAGUGCCUGGGCCUGCCGGUCUGCCUGGACCCAAAGGGGACAAAGGUUCUCCAGGAAUUGGUAUCGGAACUCCAGGGAAGCCGGGUCUAAAGGGACAAAAAGGUGGUCGAGGUUUCCCAGGUCUCCAAGGCCCUGCUGGUCUCCCUGGUGCCCCAGGCAUCUCCUUGCCCUCAGUCAUAGCAGGACAGCCUGGUGACCCCGGGCGACCAGGCCUAGAUGGAGAACGAGGUCGCCCAGGCCUCCCUGGGCCCCCAGGUCCUCCUGGGCCAUCCUCGGAUCAAGGCGACCCCGGAGACCCUGGCUUCCCUGGAAUUCCUGGCCCUAUAGGGCCCAAGGGAGACCACGGAAUUCCAGGUUUCUCUGGCCUCGCUGGAGAGCUAGGACUAAAAGGCAUGAGAGGUGAGCCUGGCUUCAUGGGGACUCCAGGCAAGGUUGGGCCACCUGGAGACCUAGGAUUUCCCGGGAUGAAGGGGAAGGCAGGGCCAAGAGGCUUUUCUGGCCCCCGAGGUGCUCCUGGAAAAACACCAAUUGCAGAAGCUGUCCAGGUUCCUCCUGGACCCUUGGGUCUACCAGGCAUCGAUGGCAUUCCUGGCCUCACAGGGGACCCUGGGGUUCUAGGCCCUAUAGGCCUACAAGGCCCCAAAGGUUUACCUGGCACCCCGGGCAAAGAUGGUCCCAGCGGGCUCCCCGGCCUGCCUGGGGCUCUUGGCGAUCCUGGUCUCCCUGGACUGCAAGGCCCUCCAGGAUUUGAAGGAGCUCCAGGGCAGCAAGGCCGCUUCGGGAGGCCCGGAAUGCCUGGCCAGAGCGUGAGAGUGGGCUACACAUUGGUGAAGCACAGCCAGUCGGAACAGGUGCCCCUAUGCCCCGUCGGGAUGAGCCAGCUGUGGGUGGGUUACAGCUUGCUGUUCGUGGAGGGGCAGGAGAAAGCCCACAACCAGGACCUGGGGUUUGCUGGCUCCUGCCUACCCCGCUUCAGCACCAUGCCCUUCAUCUACUGCAACAUCAACGAAGUGUGCCACUAUGCCAGGCGCAACGAUAAAUCCUACUGGCUCUCUACCACCGCCCCCAUCCCCAUGCUGCCCGUCGGCCAGGCGCAGAUUCCUCAGUACAUCAGCCGCUGCUCUGUGUGUGAGGCGCCCUCGCAGGCCAUCGCUGUGCACAGCCAGGACAUCACCAUCCCACAGUGCCCCCUGGGCUGGCGCAGCCUCUGGAUCGGGUACUCCUUCCUCAUGCACACGGCAGCUGGUGCCGAGGGCGGGGGCCAGUCCUUGGUCUCACCUGGCUCCUGCCUAGAGGACUUUCGGGCCACUCCUUUCAUCGAGUGCAGUGGUGCCCGAGGCACCUGCCAUUACUUUGCCAACAAGUACAGUUUCUGGCUGACGACAGUGGAGGAGAGGCAGCAGUUUGGGGAGGAGCCAGUGUCUGAAACGCUGAAAGCGGGGCAGCUCCACACCCGGGUCAGCCGCUGCCAGGUGUGUAUGAAAAGCCUGUAGGACGGCACCUGCCGCUCUGCCCCUUGCCGUCCCCUCCCGCUCACAACAGUCACCUCACAAGCCUGAAUGGUCUGAAGAAGGAAGACCAGAGCCUUGUCAAGUUGUACAUCGGAGUCUCAUUGGGGCUGGACUACUGGACACUGGUCACCCAAACCCUCAGGCCCAAUAGAUGAGCCCACCCUGCUCACAUCUGCUGGCCCAUUUCACUCAACCCGGUGCUACCAUUUGAUUGGGAUGUUCACGUGACUAAUAGUGGCUACCUCAGAAAGAUUUGCUGGGUCCCUAGUUCCUCAUUGUCUUGGUCAGAAAGCUCUUCAUAAUGGCUAAUAAGUCAUUUCUUCAUGUCCAGGGGUCACCACAUGUCAUUUAGCUUAAACCAAAACCCAGUGUUUCCACAUUUAAAAAAAAAAAAAUCUCUUGCUAAACAUUCAUGGAUGGCUCAAGUCUGCAUAGGGCAAGCCCUCACUAUCCAAGGAGGCUCACUGAGACUAGGCAGGCAACAGAACUGGAACGAGGUGCCACCAGUAGCCCAGAAGCUUUGACUCCUUCCAGAGUGAGCAAGACUGGGCUCCACAUCGUUUAGGGAGGCUUGAGGGCCAGCAGCUGAGAGGGCCUCAUUGACAUCACACAGUCUUAGACAAAUCACUUCCCCCUUGCCGGCACCCUCCCCAGCCAGAGACGGAGGACUUGGCCUGGUCCAAAGUAGAGCAGAGGAUGCAACAAAUAUGGCCAAGCCCAUCAAAGGAAAUGAGAACUACAGCCCUUUUUCCUGGGCCAGGGGUAGAGGGGAGGAUGGGUAGGGAGGUGUGAAUUUUGCUUUUGACUCCAGGAACAAAAAGGUAAAUUCCAUGUCCUGAUUUCUCUGAAGGCCCUGUUUAUUCCAAAUGCCAUCCAGAUGUGUGCAAUGUGGCAAAAUGAAGCUGCAGUGUGUUGGUUCCUUUGCAUUCUGAGGCUGUUAGAGUCUUUCUGUUAAAAUGGUCAUCCAACUGCUCUUUCACAGGUAGCCUAUUAAACUAUUUUAAUAUGUUUUUAAAACCUCAUAAAAAUUUAGCGCACUCCUCUCUUGAGCAGUUAGCAGAGCUAAAGCAAGCCUAAGUUGGCUAUAAAGUGCAUUGUACUCUGUUUGGGGGGAUUUGUUGGAGACAUUUUCUUUAAUUACCAGUUCCCCAGAACACAGCUAAGUUGACAUGAGGCAAUUCCUUCCAAGUGAUUCUGUAUCCUUAAGUAUUACGUAAACUGUGCCAACACAGACAAAGCAUAACCAGUGUAAUCUGAGUUAUUAUCUUCACCUCCUAGCUAAGUAAUAAGCAUGUUGUCAGCUUUGUACAUAGCAAAUAAAAUAAAUGAAAUAUGAA